UCCUCCGUUCCAUGGACCAAACGCUGCUCCGCGGCCAGCUCCACACCCCCGUCCAGGGUGUGAAACAGGCGACAAGCUACACACUUUUGGAGUUUUUUACCGACUGAAAUGUCCUCAACGAGUUGCUUUCGGAGACUUGAGUUCUGUGAGUUCAAGCGCGGACACUAUUGUUACCAGACUCACGCGACGUGUUGAGGGGCUAACGGCCGUUCAGGUUUGGGACCUUCAAAGUUUGUACCUAUCUCUAAACGCAGUUUGAUCUCUGUCUCUUUAUCUUGUCUUGUUUCAAACUGCUUCCAAAUACAAUUGCGAGGAGUCUUUAAGGAUGGCAGUAACUUUGUCGCGAGCUGGAGUGUAGAAGUGGAGGAAAGUAGAGUUCACAGGUAGCGAUAGCUGCUCUGCUGCUGCUGCUGCUGUUGCGAUGGGCAACCUGGGGAUGGAUGACCUGAUCCCGCUGGUCAACCGGCUCCAUGAUGCCCUCAGCAGGGUGGGACAGAGCUGCAGCCUCCACCUGCCCCAGAUCGCUGUGGUGGGCGGCCAGAGUGCAGGAAAGAGCUCCGUGCUGGAAAACUUUGUUGGCAGAGACUUCCUUCCCCGGGGAUCUGGGAUUGUAACUCGCAGACCUUUAAUACUUAAGCUGCUAAAUUCCACCACAGAAUAUGGUGAAUUUCUUCAUUGCGAGGGAAAGAAGUUCACAGAUUUUGAUGAGAUAUGCAAAGAAAUUGAGGCAGAGACAACCAGACUCACGGGAUCCAAUAAGGGCAUUUCUCCUCACCCGAUCUGCCUACGGAUUUACUCACCACAUGUGUUGGAUCUGACUCUGGUGGACCUGCCCGGCAUCACCAAAGUACCUGUGGGCGAUCAGCCACCAGACAUAGAGUAUCGGAUACGAGACAUGAUAAUGCAGUACAUCUGUAAAGAAAACUGUCUCAUCUUGGCUGUUACUCCUGCCAACACAGACCUAGCCAACUCAGAUGCACUCAAAUUGGCCAAAGAUGUUGAUCCACAAGGUCAGCGUACAAUUGGAGUAAUCACAAAGCUGGACCUGAUGGAUGAAGGAACCAAUGCCAGGAACAUACUGGAGAACAGGUUGCUUCCACUUCGCAGAGGCUAUAUAGGGGUGGUGAACCGAAGUCAAAAGGACAUUGAUGGGAAAAAGGACAUUCAGACAGCUCUGGAGGAAGAAAAGAAUUUUUUCUUGUCCCAUCCAGCCUACAAACACAUGGCUGAGCGCAUGGGGACCCUGUAUUUACAGAGAACACUGAACCAGCAUCUUACAAAUCACAUCCGGGACACAUUGCCAGCCUUCCGCAGUCAUCUGCAGAGUCAGCUUCUAGCCUUGAAAAAAGAAGCUGAAGAAUACAGAGAUUACAGUCCUGAUGAUCCUGCACGCAAGACCAAGGCUUUGCUACAGUCAGUUCAGCGCUUGGCUGCUGAUUUUGAGAAGCUUAUUGAGGGUUCUGGUGACAAAGUAGACACCAUUCAUCUCUCAGGUGGUGCCAGGAUCAAUCGAAUCUUCCAUGAGCGCUUCCCUUACGAACUGCUGAAGAUAAAAACCGAUGAAAGGAAACUGCGACGGGAAAUCAACUAUGCCAUCAGAAACAUCCACGGUGUCAGAACGGGUCUUUUCACUCCUGACAUGGCCUUUGAAGCUAUAGUGAAGAAACUGGUAUCAGGACUGAAAGGGCCAUGUAUGAAUUUUAUUGACAUGGUCAGUGAGGAACUACUCAAUACUGCGUACCAGUGCAUUGAUAAGCUGAACUCCUUUCCUAAACUACGGAAUGAGACAGAAAGAAUUGUAACCACUGAAAUUCGAGAACAGACGAGUAAAUGCAGAGACCAGGUAUUGCUACUUAUUGACAUACAGCUUGCUUACAUAAAUACCAACCAUGAAGACUUUGUUGGUUUCACAACUGCCCAGCAAGUGUAUCAUCACAACAACAAGAAGACUAUCACAGCAGGGAUGGCAGCAAACCAGGGUGUGGCCAUUCGUUCAAGUCUAAUAGUCAUACGCAAGGGCUGGUUAACCAUCAACAACAUGGGCAUCAUGAAAGGCAGAGCCAGAGAAUACUGGUUCAUCCUAUCUGCAGAAAGUCUGUCCUGGUUCAAGGAUGAUGAGGAGAAAGAGAAGAAGUACAUGCUUCCCCUUGACAACAUAAAGCUGAGAGAUGUGGAAAGGGGCUUCUUGUCAAGCAAAUUCUGUUUUUCUCUCUUCAACACAGAGUCAAGGAACGUGUAUAAAGACUACAAAAGCCUUGAUUUGGCCUGUAACUCUCAGGAGGAGUUGGACAGCUGGAAGGCGUCUCUGCUUCGGGCCGGCAUCUACCCCGAGAAAGUCGCUGUGGACGAGCAAGGGAAUGGAUCCACUGAAAACUUCACAGAUCCGCAGCUUGAGCGUCAAGUGGAGACCAUCCGGAACCUGGUUGACUCCUACAUGGGAAUCAUCUUCAAGACUGUCCGGGACCUCAUGCCAAAGACCAUUAUGCACCUCAUGAUCAACAGUGUGAAGGAGUUCAUCAGCUCUGAGCUCCUGGCCCAGCUCUAUGCUCUUGGAGAAUGCUCCCUGCUGAUGGAUGAGUCACCAGAGCAGCAGCAGCACCGCGUAGAAGUUCUCCGCAAGCAUGCCGCCCUGAAGGAGGCGCUGGCUGUCAUUGGGGACAUCUCCACCUCUACUUGCACCACUCCCCUGCCUCCACCUGUGGAUUCCUCAUGGAUACAACCCUCCAGCCUGAGUCAGCCGAAAAACUCAGUGGCUGGUAUGAAGCCAGCGACGCGUGGCCACGCUCCACCUGCUCCCCGGGUGCCUUACACAGGACACGUUUCCACUCACGGCUUUCAGCAGCUCACCGGCCAGCAUGACCGUCCAGCCGCCAGUGUGCCAAGGAGGCAACCCCCGGCAAUCCCAACAGUGAAAUGAGUCUUAUCUGCGAUGAACUCCAUUACCCAUCUGCCUUCUGUGGUCCCUCCAGCUGCAACGCUACCCUCAGACAGCGAUGAGCCGCCUGAUGUGUAAUCCAUCUGAAGCAGUACACAUUGCUUCUCUCUGUGUCCUCAGGGAGCGGCUGUCUGCAAAAUUCACUCCGUCCUGAGCCUGCUCUGUACAUAAUAUCCAUUGGCCAUAAACGCUGGAAUGCGCAUGACGGUCUGCUGAUUUCUCUCAAGUGCCUUAACUUUGUGUAAAUAAAAAUCCAUAUAUGAAUUACUAUACUUUUAGAAAAUACACAAACACCAUUUGUACUAUCUGUGAAUAAAAGGGUGUUUUAUUUUUGAGCAUG